AUGUCGAAGCUUGUUGCAGCAGCAGUGCUCCCCUUGGUGGUCGCGCUGAUCAUGCUGUGCGCGUGCACGACGCCCGCGCGCGGCGGCGACGACUACACGGCGUUCGUGUACGCCGGGUGCUCGCAGGGGCGCUACGACCCCGGGUCGCAGUACGCCGUGGACGUGAACACCGUGCUGUCGUCCCUCGUGAAUAGCGCAGGGUUCACCUCCUACGCCAACUACACCUCGCCGUCGUCGGCCGUAUCGACGGGCCAGCUGGUGGCCGUGUACCAGUGCCGCUCCGACCUCCCCGCCGCGGUGUGCGGCGUCUGCGUGAAGUCGGCCGUGUCCAAGCUGUCCUCGCUGUGCAACACGGCGGCGGGCGCCGCGGUGCAGCUGCGCGCCUGCUUCGUGCGGUACGGGAACGACUCGUUCCUGGGGAAGCAGGACACGACGGUGCUGUUCAAGAAGUGCGGCGGCGAGAACGCCGGGGACACGGGCGUAGUGGCCAUGCGCGACGCGGCGCUCGGCGCGCUUGUGGCCGCCGCGGCGCCCGCCGACGAGGGCUCGUCGUACCGCGCGGGUGCGGCCGGGUACGUGCAGGCCAUGUCGCAGUGCGUCGGGGACCUCGGCGCCAAGGCCUGCACCGACUGCGUCUCCGCCGCGUCCUCGCAGCUCAAGGCCGGCUGCGGCUACGCCUCCGCCGGGGAGGUGUACCUCGGCAAGUGCUACGCGCGCUUCUGGUCCAAUGCCGCCGCCGGCACCGGCACCGGCGGAGGAGUACCGGUCGUCGGAGGUGGCGCCGGUACCGGCGGCGGCAAUGUCAUCGGUGGCGCCGGCGGUGUGGGAGGAGCAGCAGGCAAUGGAUACGCAUAUGGCGGAUUCGUGCCAAACACGUACGGACAGCACGAUGAAUCUGGGAAAACCCUCGCCAUCAUCAUCGGCCUGGUGGCAGCGGUCGCCAUCGUUAUCGUCUUCCUCUCCUUCCUCCGUAGGGCCGGCGGUGUCGGCGGCAAACGCUAA